GGAGAUGAGCCGAAAAUCACUCACUAUUGUCGGCUCGGAGGUAGCGGCAGCCUGGGGUCGUAAACACCGCUGCGCUCGCUUCUUUUUUCGGCGUGUCCUGACCGCCUCUGCUUCUUUAUGGACAUUUUGAAUUGAAACGUGUGGGAAUGAGCAGUUUUUGUCACAUAAUGAUCCUGAGAAAACGACUAAAAGGGCGAGAUUGUGGUGGGAGGCUGCGAUGCUAAGUCGAAGCUAACGCUAGCCUUUCUUUUUUUGCUUUUGGGACAUUUUGUUGUGCAUUCCGCAUAUUUUUAACCAGAUUCUUUUGCUGGUUUGCAGAUUUUUUGAGGUUUUGUUUUGAAAAGCUUAAAAAUGAAGCGAGUUAACAGCUUCAAUAGGUUCAUGAACAGAAGAGCGUCUGCCAACUGCCGCUACCAACCCACAUGCUACGAGCAUGCCGCUAACUGCUAUACGCACGCUUUGCUGAUCGUGCCGGCCUUCGUGGGCAUGGCUCUGCUCCAUCGCCUCUCGGACACGUCCUGGGAGAGGAUCACGGCUGUGGUCUAUGGUCUGGGCCUCUGCGCGCUCUUCGUUGUCUCCACCGUGUUUCACAUCAUCACCUGGAAGAAGAGCCACAUGAGGUCGAUGGAGCAGUGCUUCCACAUGUGUGACAGGGUGGUCAUCUACUUCUUCAUCGCUGCCUCCUACACGCCCUGGUUGAACUUGAGGGAGCUCGGGCCUCUGGCAGCUCACAUGCGCUGGUUCAUUUGGCUCAUGGCAGCUGCAGGGACCAUCUACGUCUUUAACUACCACGAAAAGUACAAACUGGUGGAGCUGGCCUUCUAUCUCACCAUGGGCUUCUUCCCUGCUUCAGUCGUCACCUCAAUGAGUAACACGGACGGUCUACAUGAGCUGGCAUGUGGAGGUUUGAUUUACGUUCUGGGCGUUUUCUUCUUUAAAAGCGACGGUAUUAUCCCCUUCGCCCACGCCAUCUGGCACGUGUUUGUGGCUCUGGCCGCUGCCGUUCACUACUACGCCAUUUGGAAAUACCUUUAUAAGAGUCCCGGGUCAGACUCCCUGCUCGAAACGUGACCCCAACUGUGAUGAUCUUAAAGGUGCACUGUGCAACUUUUUUGAGCAAGGAGAGUGCCAGCUUGUCUCUGUGGAGAUACUAUUGCGUUGCUUGGAAUGUUACACAGUACGGUAUUAUACUUCUAUCUGUCUGUCUAUCUAUAAGUGACAGUAGCUCAGUCAGUAGAGUGUUUGUCCACCGAUCCGGAGGUUGAUGGUUCGACGUAAACAUCAUUGGUAGAACGUUCAGAUCCACUCAUCCACAGGUUAGUGAUGCGAUUGCAGCUCCCAUACAUGAAUACUGCUGUUGUGUCCUUGGGCAAGACACUUAACCCUCCCCCCAGUGUCUGUGUACACUGGUGUAUGAGUGUGUGUGAGUGGGUGAAUGGUUCCUUGAUCUAAAGUGCGUUUAGAGCUUUGAAGCCCUAUGUAAAAAUGUGACUAUUUACCAUUUUUAAUCAAUACAUUCAAAUACAGGCAUUAAUUACUGCAUCUUCUUACUGUGAGUGGGGUGGCCUCUGCACUGAUCUGAGCUGUAACUUGGCCUAGCUCUCCCCUUCUCGUCCCCAUGUAAAUAGAUACAUUUAAUACCAUACUGUGGAACAUUCCAGGCAAAGCAAUAACCUUGCAAUGGUGGACCCUCCUUUACACAGUGCAUCUUUAAAGUGCAUAUAACAGGUUAGACUACUCAUUUCAGUAAAACAUACUUAAGGUUUCAUAUUUCAACAGUUUACUCAAAGUACUGCCUAGUUUUAUAAUUUAGGUAAAUUCCAUAACUGUUACCUAGCAACUAUAAUGUUGACAAGGGCUAAAAUUGGUUUCAAUUACACAAUAAUUAUGAUUUCAGUAAUAGAAAUAAAUAACAAAAUGACAUUUAUUUUGUUAAGUGAAGGUUAAACUUUCAGGAGAAAUGCCUUCUUUGUGCCUCUGCAAUUUCGAUGGAAUUGAUGACAAAGGUUGAGUUUUGGGGUUUUUUUUCCCCCCCCUCUAACGUUUUUUUCCACAAACGGACACUUAACUGAUGUAAAACUAUAAUAAAUAUUUACCACAGGUACGAUUCCACCAAACCCAGGAAUAACAGAAACAUGAAAACCUGUCAUAUGCACUUUAAGUAUAAAACAAAACAGGAAACAAGCACAUGGCUCCUACACAAUAAAAGCAUUCAGAAAGAUAAAAUCUAGCUUGCAAAAUAAACCAUGGCGAUAAAAAUUACAAACUAAGAAAAAAUAAAUAGCCAUAUUGCUUAUCCAUUUAAGCUAAUAACAAUAUUGGAGAAUUUCUCAAUAUAAAAUGAUAAUAAUAAAUCCCUCAAAAUGUCUAAUCAUGUAAUGUAAUAUAAAUGAGGACUGCCAGCUCUGAUUAAGUUAACUCUGAGUAACAUUUUGGCAUAAAUGUUAUCAGUAGCCGAGACCAUAAAAUGAUGUGGAAGACAGCGAUAUUUAUUUCAUCAUUGAACAUUUAAUUUUAUCGUGAGCAUUUGUGAAGUUAAAUAUUAAAUAAUAUUUAAAUUUUGUGCCAAAUCAGUAAAAAAGCCAAAAGUCUGAAGAUUUGAAAAUUGUAGGAACUUUAAACUGCCUGAAGCUGCCAAUAUUCACAACAUCAAAGUGUUUACAGUCCAACAGAAGCAAAUUUAUGUCAGAAUUUGAAAUGUAAAGUGUCAGUGUGACUAGACUUAAGUAAAAGUAUGUUUGUUUUUUUGUUUUGUUUUUUUGUUGUUGUUUUUUUGUUUUUAGUUUUUUUCACUUUUUUGCACUAAGAAAAAAAGCAGCUUAUUUCCAGGCAAAUGCUGCUUCUUUGGCUCUAAUCUUCCACACUAUGGCAUUGAACUUCUCUAUCGCCAUGGAGAUUGUUCUGAAGUAUGAUUUUAAUUUUCUAGUUCCAUGGACGCAUGCAGGAGAUGUGCCCCUUCUAGAAAAUUACAUACCUUUACAUACCUUUAAGGAAAGUAUUCUACUAGUAUUUGAGCUGUAAAAUAACCAUCUCUUAAUUUUUACAAUUUUGGUGUGCUCCAGUUCAGGGAGAACAAAACGUGAAAUUUCAGUAUUUGAAAAGGUUCAAAUUCAAACUUUGGACAUGAAUUUGCUUCUGUUUUUUUGUACAUUGACAAAGUAUGGAGCCCCUAAAAUCCCUUAAAUAUAAUAGUACCUUGAACCCUUUGGGGGCUCUGUACCAAAGAGCAGUGUUUUACACAAAAAUAUUUUCUAUAAACAAAAUCAGAUUGUAUUAACCUCAGCAUUCUCACAUACAUUCCACUCAAUUUGUAAAACUGUUUUGCCAAAUUGCGUAUUAGCCUUUAUAUGAUCAUCAGAUACACUUGGUACUGGGAAACCCAUUAAAAGCUAAAACUUGUUUUUGGUUGCUCAAAAAAACAACAACUUGGCAUUAGUGUUAAAAGUACUUUCCUGCUCACUACUGUUCACACGGCAAACGCUAAAAUCUAGCCAAAUUAAAAUGACUUGAAUUAAAAACGUUUUUUCUUGAUUUGUGUAAAUUUCACUUAAAAUGAUCUACCAAUGUAGCCAGACUUUUGUACUUAAAGCAAAAUCAGCUUUUCAGAACUUUUAACCAUGUCUUGGUUGUCUCCUCUCAACAUUUACUAACCAAUGUCGUAUUUGGAGUGAUUUCUGCAUGUUUGAGCUAUCGUGAAUCACGUAUUUUGCAACUUCUGCUUUCACGUCACCGGUACGCGCUCACUGCUCCGUACUUGCUUUGCUCUCCAGUUUCAUUUUCUUAUUCCGUAAUACAUGUAGGAUUCAGUAGCACCAUACAGCCAUUUUGGUACAAAUAAAAAAAAAUCUGCUGCUCGUUAAUGUGAUGUACAACUAACCAUGAAAGGUGCUUAUAACGUUUUCUGUGACGUCUGCUUCCAUUGUGUAGUUUUCUAAUGCAGAGGUCAGUGUACUUGUUUCUUUAAUUAUUAAGUUUAGAUCAAUUAUAUAUUAUUUAGAUUAAUAUUGCGAUUUAAAAUGUCCAAAUUUUAACAUAAUAAUUCUCGGGUGCUUGGAGAUUCUAAAUAUAUAGCAGACAAAAAUACAAAAUGGUCUUCUUCCAAAUAAGAAAAAAAAAAUCCUGUUAUACUUUUUCAGAUAAGAAAAACAAUGAGGCUUUUCACUUAAAAAAAGAAACAAAACUGUAGCUUGAAUUAAGAAUUAAGAAAAAAACACAUUGGUGGAUCAUUUUACUUUCAUGUUGAAUCUACUCAGAGUAAACUAUUGUUAAUUUAAGUCAUAUUUAACUUGCCUAGAUAUUAGUGCAGUGUAUUCAAGAGAGUAAAUAAACUUGAAAAUUAGGUAAUUAAGUUAUUUCAGAUUAAUACUGUAAUUAUGUGCGCAUUUUGUAUCUGUGCAAAUUUGAUUCUCAUUCAUUUGAUCAGUAUGAGGCGUCUUCAGACCUUGUAUAUUUGUCCAUGGUUAGCACUCAAACAGUUCAGAAAAAAGCCACAGAUUGUCCUCCAGAAAAAUGACGUAAUGUACCUUUAAUAGAGUACAAAAUAAUUCAAAUAAACACAUACAUAAAAUAAAAAAAUAUAUAAAUAUACAAAAUAUUCAUUGAUAAAACUGCAUUAGAGAAAAGGCCAGCAUAGCCUUCUGUUCUAAUCCAGGUUUAGUUCUGGUUUAGUCCUGGUUUAGUUCUGGGUUCUACUUGAGUGUAGUCCCUAUUUUGAUGUUGGAGUACAAAAUAAGUCAAAAAAUUGAUAAAUAAACGUUUUGAUGUAUGUAAGUUGAUUAAAAUCAGUAAAUAUAAGGCAAAAUGGUGAUCUGUAAAAUGAUGUGACAGAAAAUUCUAGCCUCUUGUUUCUGUCCUGGUCUAGUCCAGAUUUAGUUCUGAGUUUGGUCUUAGUUUAGUCUCACUUUUGAUAUGAACGCAGCCUUUGUUCUUAAUUAUAAAUAAUGUGAAAUUUCUCUUUUUGCUGGACUGUAAAUACAAGGUCUGGAGAUUCCCUGCCUGAAACUGUGUUGAUUCUCUGUAUUCUUGCGCCCUCUACUGGUGUGAAUGCUCAUCGUAUUCGUCGGAGAAGCCGGAGUCUUGAUUUAAACUUGAGCCAAACAUUUCUGUGACUGUGGCGUUUUUAUGGUAUUUUACUGUGAAAAGACGUGAGCGAUUCUGCAUGACUUUUGUACAAUGUGAUCAGGGCUUGAUAUUAACUACAGCCACAUUUGGGCAGUUACGAACACAUUUAUUUUACCAACAGAGACCAGGUACAAAUGGAUUUAUACAUAAAGCCUUGACUUACUUGAGAAGCUGUACUUAAAAUGAAGAAAAAUAUUCAUUCAAUGUGUAAAAACUAGUGUUGAUUCAACCCUACCACUGACAUAUCAUAUUGCCAAAGCGCUUUGAGUGCCUUGAAGGUGAAAAAGCACUAUGUACAAACAAAUUUAACCAUUUACCAUUGUGUCUUUGGGCAAGGCACCUCUCCCUAUGAAUGUGGCGUUUGUUUUGGUGGUUGAGGAGCUGUGGCUAUAGAUUGAAACUAGCUUGUAUCACCAUUAACAAGAGCAAACGAACAAUAGAAUGUACAGAAAAUCUAAAUCUUAACUCCGCUCCAAACCUCCAUUAAAAAGACCCAACCCGAUCAUUGACGAUUAGAAACGACUGAAUUAUAUCUCGAUUAACUCUUGAACUUGCCAAAAAUCGGCCACUCGAGUUAAUGUCAAGCCUGUGGGAUCCUGUGUCCUCUGCUCUUCUCUGUCCAGGAUGUGUGGGGAAAAACGACUGAAUGAAACUAUUUCGCUCUCGUUUUGGUAAAAACAUUGACUAUGUCCGGAGGCCGCGUUUUUUCAAAAUGGUGGCUCCUCCUUCUGAACUCUAGAACCACUGUGUUUUGUAAUGUUUGUAUAUUGUGUAUUCUAUGACUAUGUUCUUAAUGUUGUUGAUCCUGGCCUUUGCAGGAAACUGAAACUGCUUUUGUCCAUUGGCUGUUUAUGGUGCUGCUGAUUUAAGAAUCCUCCAGUGACUUUCUAAUGUGACAAUAAACGAUACUAUUCCCAA